AUGCCGGCUCCGCGGGGCCUCGGGGGCCACCCGGGUCCCGGCGCCCCGAGGUCUUUGUGCGGAUCGCGGCGCGGGAACACCCGCCCAGGGGGCCAGGGCCACGAUCGGGAUGCCAAAAACUCGGGAGAAACGCGGGCGCCAAGGGAGGAGACGACCCGCAGAAGCAAUGACUCGCGGGGGGAGAACACACGGUGUGCAGGGGACAUUGUUAGGCAGCGCUGCCCGGGCGCGCCGUGGGUUUCUCAGCCGCCGCCCCCACCGCGGGCCGCCGGCGCGGGCCCACGUGGAGCGGCGCGGCGCUGGACGAGCGCGCAGGGCCGCCCGGGUCCCCGGAGUGCGCGCCCCAGCUCCCCGCCGCGGCCGUUCACGCCCGAGCGCCGCCGCCGGUCCCGCGUGUGCCCCGCUGAGGGGGAGGGGCGGGCCAGGGGUGGGGGCGGAGGGGUUGUGGUUCCACUGCAGCGGGGGCUCCUGUGUCCUUGUGCGGAAAUGACACACGGAGUCCCGUCACGUCACGCGAGAGCGCAGCGCACGGACACACACAAAGAGAGGGGAAAAUACACGGCGCCCUCCCGCCGCCCCCAGCAACUCCCCGGGCCGCCCCGGCCAGGCCCUCCGCGCGCGGCCCCCGCUCUCCGGCCCCGCGCUCCCCCACCCCCCCACGUGGCGCCCAAACUCGGCGCGGGCCCGCUCUGCAAAGUACAGAACUCGCGUCCCAGGUAA